GGGGACCUUUAAAAUCGUUAGUCCUGUUGGCUUUCAGAUGAAACCUUAUUUGGCUGGCUAGUCUGAGGAAGGUCAAAAGUCCACAGGUGCCUUUGGGAGGACUGUUGGAAGUCAAUCAGUUGGGGAGCUGUCUUGACAGUGCUCAGUUUGAGCUUCAACCCAGAGAGACAUAAUGUACGGGCUGUUGUGUGAGAGUCUUCAUGACUUCAUCAAGGAGUCUUACGGAGAUGAUGUGUGGAAGCUGGUCAGAGAGAGAGCAGAUGUCAGGUUACACUCUUUUGUCACCCACCAGGUAUAUAGUGAGAGUGUGAUUCCCCGUAUUGCAAAGGCAGCCAGUGGAGUGACAGGCACACCCUACAAUGAGCUGAUGAACUCCUGGGGUGUCUACUUCCUGGGCUUUGUUGGGAAGUACGGAUAUGACAGAAUCCUCAAGGUGCUGGGUCGUCAUGUUCGUGACUUUGUCAAUGGCCUUGAUAAUCUCCACGAGUACCUGCGCUUCAGCUACCCCAAAGUGCAGCCUCCAACCUUCUUCUGCCAGGAGGAAUCUGCCACUGGAGUCACCCUCCACUACAGGAGUAAGCGCAAAGGCUAUCUGCACUACGCCAUGGGUCAGCUGAGGCAGAUGGGAAAACAGUUCUACGACACCGACAUCCAUGUGGAGGUGCUGUCUGAGCAGAUGGUUGGAGACUACUCCCAUGUCACGAUGAGGCUGAACUUUGACAACUCAGCCUACCGCUACAUCAUGAAGGAGGAUGAGGAAGAGCAGGAGAUUUUGCCCAUUACCUCAGACUUCUUCUUUGAAGUCUUCCCCUUUAACAUCGUCUUCAGACAGGACAUGGUGGUGCAUAAUGUUGGCUCAGGCCUGGCUACAGUCUUCCCUGAUCUGGAUGGGAAGAAGAUCAAUGAUGCCUUCUUGCUGGCUCGCCCCCUAGUGGAGUUCACCUGGAACAUGAUCAUCUCCCACCCCAACAACCUGUUUGAGAUCAUGUCCAAGGAGCCUGUGAAGAGAGAGAGGAACCUUCACAACCGAGUCCAGAAUUCUGACUAUGAAAAUGCCAAUCGCUCCGCUGACGUAGAUGUGGAGCUCAUGGCUUUCCAGUCCAUCAUUGGAGAUGAUUACAAAGACGGUAACAGCGCUAAUGCAAUGGAGAGCUGGGGCGAUGGGAGCCGCUGCCUAAAACUAAAAGGACAAAUGAGAUACAUGCCAGAGUGGGAGUCCAUCAUCUUCCUGGGAACCCCUGUGAUGGAGAGUCUGAGUGCUAUGUUUAAGACCGGCCUGUACAUCAAUGACCUGAGCAUGCACGACUCCAGCAGAGACUUGGUGCUGGCCGGCACGCAGCAGUCAGAGGAGCUGAAGAGAGCUCUCAUACAGGAGCAAAAGAAGUCCAGUAAGCUGGAGGAGAGUAUGAAGAUGCUGGACUAUGAGAUGAAGAAGACGGAUGACCUUCUGUACAGGAUGAUACCCAAGCCAGUGGCUAAAAGGCUGCGCAAAGGAGAGCCGGCUGUUAACACUUGUGAGGUGUUCCCAGAUGUGACCAUUCUUUUCAGUGAUGUGGUUGGAUUUACUCGCAUUUGCAGCCACAUCACUCCAAUGCAGGUGGUCUCCAUGCUCAACACCAUGUACACGCUGUUUGACACACUCAGUGAGAAGCACCGUGUCUUCAAGGUUGAGACUAUUGGAGAUGCUUAUAUGGUCGUAGCCGGGGCUCCAGAAAAGACAAAGUAUCACGCUCAUAACAUCUGUGACAUGGCCCUGGACAUGGUGCGCUCCAUAGAUCACCUGAAAGACCCCUCUAAUGGCAACAACAUACAGAUUCGCGUUGGGAUCCACUCAGGGAUGGUUGUGGCAGGUGUGGUUGGACACAAGAUGCCACGUUAUGGUCUGCACGGUGACACUGUCCACACAGCAUCUGCCAUGGAGAGCAAUGGAAAGGAAAUGCACAUUCAGCUGAGCAGCGCCACCUACGAGCACCUGAAAGGAAGUCACUUUAUCUUUGAAAGGAGGGGCACCAUUACCAUCAAGGGGAAUGUUGAAAUCGAGACAUACUGGCUGAAAGGAAAGAGGGACAAAGACGGGAAUGCUCAGGCAGCGUGUCCUCAGUUUGAGACCCAGACCAUCAGCAAGGCCAUCAGCAAGGCCACCAUCGCAGGCCCUGAGGCCACAAGGGAUGAAGAGGGACUGGUUUUCCCAUUGGUGGCAGGGGAGGACGAAGAUGAUGUCAAGUCUAUUCGCUCUCAUCGUAUCAAGAUGGAGAUUUCAGGCCAUUCUCUUGAGGAGUCGAUGGAGGAGUGCCGGGUGGAGGAGAUGUCGGUUCAUAAGUCCCACUAUAAGGAUGCUUUGCAGGACGGCCUCCAUCACUCUCACCUGGAACUGGACUCCCCCGAGUCUGACGGCAGAGACUCCAUCAUGGAGUCCAGUGACAGCUCCUGUGACUCCCGCUGCUCCAAGAGUGCCAUGUGCUCCGUGUCAUGAACGAAUGACGCUAUAGCCAGUAAUUCAUUUUUAUUACUGUUUCUAAAGCACAACUCACUCAAAGCAAUGAAUGUUAGGCCAAAUGUCAGAUAGGAAUGCGGUUUUUGUUCUUAUUUUUGCCUUUUUUGGUAGAGUUCUUGUGGUAAUGCCAUGAUUAUCUCUAAGGAUGUGCUGUUUGUACAUUAACUAGUCUGUAAUGCUUGAAAUUUCUAGUGGUCUUACAUGGUGUUUUUGCACUGUGAAAUCAUCAGUGCUUAUUUAGCUCUGACAGGAAAUGACAGAAAUCAAUUGCAGCCAAUCGCUGUCAAUUUCGCACCUGACAUGAGACACUUCUCCAAUUAUUACCUCACAUAAGUCACCUCAAAGUAAUUGCCACUAAAACUUUGCUGCAUACCCACUGUGUAACAUGUGUUAGUACCACUGCCACGUGGUUCAGCUGGACAUGAGCUCAGUAAUUUCCGACACUGUUUGUUAUGCUACAUCUUGUAGAUUUGACAUCUUGUUUCAGUCCGUGACAAAAUCACUCUCCCCCUUCUCCCCUUCAUCUUGCAUGUCUGAAUUCAUUGUUCUAUAUCAGUCUCGUCGAAUACACACAGCCACUGCACAACGUAAAUGCUUGUCAGCUCAGGGAAAAUAAAACGAGAUGACUGCUGAGCCGCAUGUGGAUUCCUUUGUUUUUGUUUGUCUUGUCACUCAAAGGCACUGGUGUUCAGACUCAUAUUUACAUUUGCAUAUUUUUUACGCUUUUUAUAGAACACAUUACUCCAUGGUUGUGGAUAUU